AUGUCGAGGGCUCCCGUGCUUUCUGACUUCCGAGCUCAUGGUGUGGCGACAUUCGCGCUGCCAGCACAGCCGCCCGAGCUUAGCAUCUUCGGUGUGCUCAAGCGUCUAGAGAUAACUGAGUGCAUGCUCGAGAUAGAGGAGGUCGCCAAGGUGUUUUUGGCGUGUAACGAGCUACAGCAUGUUGUUUGCACAUGGGCCUUCCUCGAUGACACGGCCGGAACAAUACCAGAUCUCUUCAUUGCUCUUAUGCAUCACACCGAAACUUUGGAAAGCUUACGUCUCGAUUUGCGUCAAGUCAGAACCGACGACAAUUCGGACGAGUCUCAAUGCUUUGGUAGCUUUCUGCCGUUCAAAACUCUUAAGACAUUGGCUGUCUCGGACUAUUGUCUUCCUGCGUUCUCUAAUCUAAUUCAUGAAGAGAGAACCCCCUAUUACGACGAGACAGUGCCUACAACUUUAAUGGCUGAGCUGCUACCACCGAGUUUGACAAGCUUCACAAUGCUGACCGGGGAAUCCGACGAAUUUUUAGGUGAAAGCACAGAUCUUUCGCCCGACCUAUGGGUUUGGGUCAAGAAGUAUGCUUCGUCAGGCCUAAACCUGAAACACUUCAUCGUCGAAAGCUGCGACGUUGAAAUAGAGGACCCUGGUAUCACGAAGGCCUUUUUGGACUUGGGUGUGCAAUUUGAGCUUAAGGAGGUAUCAGGAUAUGACUAG